ACCCCAUUUUGCUAAACCAUAAAGCCAUAGUGAUAGUGAAAACUGAACAUCCAGUGGUUCAGUACAUCUCAUGAUGAAAAAAAAAAAAACCCUACCUUUACAUCCAACAAAUCAACAAAGCACCAAAACUCCAAACACCAACCCAUUUUUCAAAGCAUCAGUGAUAACCCCUAACCAUUCACAAAUUCAACACAAUGAUCAAGCCAGUCAUUUUUCCGUGAAUCUUUACCCCAUUUUUCCGACAACUAGAAGGAACACAGUUUACAGAAUCAACUCAUGGAGCUCUGUAAAUUACGUAUGGCUAUUGCUAUCAUUUUGCAGAUCAUAUUACAUGUUGGGGUGAUUUCACAAUCCAUACCCACAACUUUAGAAGGCCCUUUUAAGCCCGUGACUCGCAGUUUCGAUCCAUCAUUGCGUCGAGGCAGUGAUGAUAUACCCAUGGAUGAUCCUCGCUUGAAAAGGAAUGUGACUUCAAUGUUUCCUGAACAGAUUGCCCUGGCAAUUUCUUCACCUACUUCAAUGUGGGUUUCUUGGGUUACUGGUGAUUCUCAGAUUGGUCUUAAUGUGACACCCCUUGAUCCGUCCACGGUUGCGAGUGAGGUGUGGUAUGGGAAAGAAAGUGGGAGGUAUUCGAUGCAGAAGACGGGGGUUUCGAUGGUUUAUAGUCAAUUAUACCCAUUUGAGGGUCUUCAGAAUUACACAUCUGGCAUCAUUCACCAUGUGAAGAUUGAUGGUCUUGAACCUGGAACAAAAUAUUACUACAAGUGUGGCGAUAGUGCUUUUCCAGCUAUGAGUGAAGAACAAGCCUUUCAAUCCUUACCAUUGCCUGGACCCAAGACCUAUCCUAGUCGAAUUGCAGUUAUUGGAGAUUUGGGUCUCACAAGCAAUUCAACAACCACGAUCGAUCAUCUCAUAGAAAAUGAUCCUUCAAUGAUAUUAAUGGUUGGAGACUUAACUUAUGCAAAUCAGUACCUCACCACCGGUGGAAAAGGAGCUUCGUGCUUUUCUUGUUCAUUCCCAAACGCACCCAUAAGAGAGACGUAUCAACCCCGUUGGGAUGGUUGGGGAAGGUUCAUGGAACCCCUCAUCUCAAGAGUUCCAAUGAUGGUUAUAGAAGGCAACCAUGAGAUUGAGCCUCAAGCUGCUGAAAUCACUUUUAAAUCGUAUCUAACAAGAUUUUCGGUUCCUUCAGAGGAGUCUGGCUCCAACACUAAUUUCUACUACUCUUUUGAUGCUGGAGGAGUGCAUUUCAUCAUGUUGGGGGCAUAUGUUGACUACAAUAACACUGGUGCUCAGUAUGCUUGGUUGAAGAAAGACCUACUCAAUUUGGACCGCAGCAUGACCUCUUGGCUGGUGGCUGCAUGGCACCCACCAUGGUAUAACAGCUAUUCAUCACACUACCAGGAAUUUGAAUGCAUGAGGCAGGAAAUGGAAGCACUUCUGUACCAUUAUGGUGUUGAUAUUGUCCUCUCCGGUCAUGUGCAUGCUUAUGAGCGGAUGAAUAGAGUCUACAAUUAUACACUUGAUCCAUGCGGCCCUCUUUAUAUAACCGUUGGAGAUGGUGGAAACAUAGAACAAGUUGACGUUGACCAUGCCGAUGAUCUUGGGAAAUGUCCUUCAGCCGGAGACAAUGUACCAGAAUUUGGCGGGGUAUGCCAUUUGAAUUUCUCCUCUGGCCCUGCAAAAGGGAACUUUUGCUGGGAUAGACAACCGGAGUGGAGUGCAUACAGGGAGAGCAGUUUUGGACAUGGGAUACUUGAGGUUUUGAACUCCACCUAUGCAUUAUGGACAUGGCACAGGAAUCAAGAUAUAUAUAAACAAGACAGUCAUGGGGAUCAAAUAUAUAUUGUGCGGCAGCCUCAGUUGUGCUCUAUAACUUCAAAAGAUAGCGAGGUCUCACCAUCGCCAUCAAAAUCAUUAGAUGCGGCUUCUGGAUUCCCAGUCCCCAUGUCAGGUUACUUUAUGAGCUAUUUCUUGUUCGUUGUCGUCAUUUCCAUUCGAUGGUGGUGAAUGGAGGUGCUGCUUGUAUUUGACCUGCAAUUUGUCAUGGUGCAAUCAGGUGUGCCUUAUCUGUAGUUCUCAAUUUUUUGGUUCAGAAUGUGAACCAUGUUCACAUUGUGGGCCCUAGUCGAUAUAUCCCAAGGAUCAUAGCUAUAUUUGUGCUUACACAUAAUCUUCUCUAUUGAGAUGUGAAAUCAUCAUCAUCCUUUUUUUGUGCAUUUGAUUUAUGUAGCAAAACCAGGUUUGUUUCAGAGCGAAUCCUGGUGUUGCACAGUUGUGAGGGAUAAGAAGUUUGCUGUAGGCAACUGAUUUGUGGAUUUUCUAGCGCAAUGAGGUGAAAUUCUUGGAUAA